UCGUUCACAGACGACACACCACCAGCCCUCCGCCAUUCCGGCAUGCACUGCAGAGUAUUAUUGACAAAGGCUGAGCAGCAGAAACAACAACAACAGGGUGGAUCGAGGGCACAAACCCGGUCACAGCGCUAAGAUUACACUAACCCGAGUGCUGACAACAAGUAUGACGACAUGACCCUGAGGCGAUGAGACUCCAAAGUGCCAUUUCCACCUGAAGGGACUUCACGCAGCUCGAUAGUUAGAGAGUGAAGGGGUGGUGGGGGGCCCAGGCAGACCGCGGACGGGGGAAGGUGAAGAGCUCAGCUGGAGCCAAUGCAGCAGCAGCAGCAUCGACAGCCUGAGCUGGUGGAAGGAAGCCUUCCCGUGUUCGUGUUCCCCACUGAGCUCGUGUUCUACGCCGAUGAUCAGACGUCUCACAAGCAGGUGCUCACCCUCUACAACCCCUAUGAGUUCGCCCUCAAGUUUAAAGUGCUGUGCACAGCGCCAAACAAAUACACGGUGGUUGAUGCCACCGGAGCGGUCAAGCCACAGUGUUGUGUUGACAUAGUAAUCAGACACCGGGAUGUGCGGGCUUGCCAUUUCGGAGUGUACGACAAGUUUCGACUGCAGGUGUCGGAGCAGAGUCAACGGAAAGCUCUGGGUCGCAAAGAGGUGACGGCCACGCUCCGGGCCUCGGCCUCACAGGAGCCGCCCAGCCCCCGACCGCAAGAUGAGGAGCGCAGACUCAGAGAGCAGUUCGCGGACAGCGAGUUCUUUGAGCAGACUGCGUUUCAGACAGAAAGCCGUCCUGUUGCUGGAGGCCCGAGUCUGCUGACAGUGCUGCUUGGGCUGGUGUGUAUGGCCGCCCUGAUGCUCCCGACGAUGGGGGAGCAAGAAUCAACCGUGCCUGUCUACCUCCACUUAAGUGUUAACAAGAAACUUGUAGCUGCUUAUGUUCUCGGUCUUCUUACGAUGGUCAUUCUACGCACAUGAAGUCCUGCGAGCAGAGAGGAUUGAUCACACGACGGAGCGAGCAUUCUCACACCGGAGCCACUACUACGCUUCAAUGAGUACAGCUGACAGCAGAGGGGGGACAGGGGGUAUUUAUUCAAAUCACCCCCUCACUCCCUGAUAAAUACCCUUUUUAGUAUCCUUGUUUUCAAAUCCACAUGUUUGUGUUAAUGACACAAUGCUGAACUCUGGAGUCCUCCAGUGUGUAGGUCAAAGGUGGCGUGAGAGGAGCUGUCCCUGGUCACGGCCCGUGAAGACACAUGAGGUCAUUCAAAGUGCUGUCUGGUCUCAUAUUCCCCGUCUGUAUUUUUAUUGCCAUUACGUAACAGAAUGUGGUUAACUUGAGUGUGAAGGACGUGCAAACAUGAUACGUGUAUAUAAAAAGCCAUUAAAAUGUUAUGGUAUUCACCUGUAACCAUUAUAUUGAUGUUUUUAGUGUAGACUCAGAGGACUAAAUGCAGUUUAUUCGCAUGUGUCUGAAUAUGUUUUUAAUUUUUUUUUUCCAGCAGUAAGAUACUUUUUCAUGUCACCAAUGGAGAGAUCUUCUUUUCAAAGACAGUGGUUUUGUUUGCCGUACUAUAUCGAUGCUUCAUCAAAAAGUUUAAUAAAGUCUUAAAUACA